CUUGUAGAGACAGGUCCCUGAGAGAUCCAGCCCAAAUUUUUCAAACAAGGAACCUCCUUCAUGAUACAUCAUACAUCCUAAGACUUUCAAGUACAGGAAGAAAGGAUCUGCUUCACCAUUGACCACCUGAUACAAUGCACCCAGCAGGGCCCUUGUGAGUAAAGCAGUGAGAUCUUUCUCUACGAUAUGACCCACAGGGACAAUGCAGGUUCUGUCGGCAGCCUGAAGUUUGUGACUUUUCUGGUUGCCCUAAGUCCAGUACUUCUACUCCUGGGGGCCAGAGUGCAGCUUCAAGACAACGGGUAUGAUGGAAUACUUAUUGCAAUUAAUCCUCAGGUACCUGAGAAUCAGAACCUCAUCACAAACAUUAAGGAAAUGAUAACUGAAGCUUCUUUUUACCUAUUCAAUGCUACAAAGAGAAGAGUAUUUUUCAGAAAUAUACAGAUUUUAAUACCUGCCACAUGGAACGCUAAUAAUUAUAGCAAAGUAAAACAAGAAUCAUAUGAAAAGGCAGAUGUCAUAGUGGCUGAUUGGAAUGGGGUACAAGGAGAUGACCCAUACACUCUGCAAUACAGAGGAUGUGGAAAAGAAGGAAGAUACAUUCAUUUCACACCGAACUUCCUACUGAAUGAUGACUUAACAGCUGGCUAUGGAUCACGAGGCAGAGUGUUUGUCCAUGAAUGGGCCCAUCUCCGUUGGGGUGUGUUUGAUGAAUAUAAUAAUGACAAACCUUUCUAUAUAAAUGGACAAAAUCAAAUUAAAGUUACAAGAUGUUCAUCUGACAUCACAGGCAUUUUUGUGUGUGAAAAAGGCCCUUGCCCCCAAGAAAACUGCAUUAUUAGUAAGCUUUUCAAAGAAGGAUGUGUGUUUAUCUACAACAGCACUCAAAAUGCAACUGCAUCAAUAAUGUUUAUGCAAAGUUUAUCUUCUGUAGUUGAAUUCUGUAAUGCAAGUACUCACAACCAAGAAGCUCCAAACCUACAGAACCAAAUUUGCAGCCUCAGAAGUGCGUGGGAUGUGAUGGCAGACUCUGCUGACUUCAAAGGCAGCCUUCCCUGGAAGGGUUCUGAGCUUCCACCUCCUCCCACUUUCACUGUUACACAGGCCAGUGACAAGGUGGUCUGUUUAGUGCUAGAUGUGUCCAGCAAGAUGGCAGAGGCUGACAGACUCCUCCAACUGCAACAAGCAGCUGAAUUUUACUUGAUGCAGAUUGUUGAAAUUCAUUCUUUUGUGGGCAUUGUGAGUUUCGAUGGUAAAGGAGAGAUCCGAGCCCAGCUACAUCAAAUUAACAGUGAUGAUGACCGAAAGCUGCUGGUUUCGUAUCUGCCUACCACUGUGUCAGCUGAAGCAGAAACCAGUAUCUGCUCAGGGCUUAAAAAAGGAUUUGAGGUGGUUGAAAAACUGAAUGGCAAAACCUAUGGCUCUGUGAUGAUAUUAGUGACCAGUGGAGGUGAUGAGCACAUUGGCAACUGCUUGCUCACAGUGCUCAGCAGUGGGUCAACCGUCCACUCCAUUGUCCUGGGCUCCUCUGCGGUGGGAAACCUGGAGGAAUUAUCCCAUGUUACUGGAGGUUUAAAGUUUUACGUUCCAGAUAAACCAAACUCUAAUAGCAUGAUUGAUGCUUUCAGUAGAAUUUCCUCUGGAAGUGGAGACCUUUUUCAACAGAGCAUUCAGCUUGAAAGCAUGGGUGAAAAUGUUAGCCCUUAUCAUCAAUUGAAAAACACUGUGACUGUGGAUAACAGUGUGGGCAAUGACACUAUCUUCCUAGUCAUGUGGCAGACCAGUGGUCCCCCUGAGAUUGUAUUACUUGAUCCUACUGGAAGAAAAUACUACUUGAAUAAUUUUAUCAUCAAUGAGGCUUUUCGGACAGCCAGCCUUUUGAUCCCGGGAACUGCCAAGCCUGGGCACUGGAUAUACAGCUUGAACAAUACACACCAUUCUCCUCAGGCCCUGAAAGUGACAGUGGCCUCCCGUGCCUCCAGCUCCACUGGGCCCCCAGCCACUGUGGAAGCCUUUGUGGAAAGAGAUAGCACCUAUUUUCCUCAUCCCGUGAUAAUUUAUGCAAAUGUAAAAAGAGGGUUUUACCCCAUUCUUAAUGCCACGGUUACAGCGAUGGUUGAGCCAGAGAUUGGAGAUCCUGUCAUGCUGAAACUUUCCGACGAUGGAGCAGGUGCUGAUGUUAUAAAAAAUGAUGGAAUAUACUCGAGGUAUUUUUUCUCCUUUGCUGUAAAUGGUAGAUAUAGCUUGAAAGUGCAUGUCAAUCAUUCUCCCAGCGUAAGCGCCGUAGCCCACUCUGUCCUGGGAAGUCAUGCUAUGUAUGUACCAGGUUACAUAGCAAAUGGUAAUAUUCAGAUGAAUGCUCCAAGAAAAUCAGUGCGCAGAAGUGAGGAGGAGCAAAAGUGGGGCUUUAGCCGAGUUAGCUCAGGGGGCUCCUUUUCAGUGGUGGGAGUUCCAACUGGCCCCCAUCCUGAUGUGUUUCCACCGUGCAAAAUUGUUGACUUGAAAGCUGUAAAAAUGGAAGAGGAAGUGACCCUGUCUUGGACAGCACCUGGAGAAGACUUCGAUCAGGGGCAGGCUACAAGCUAUGAAAUAAGAAUGAGUAACAACCUACAGAGUAUUCAAGAUGACUUUAACAAUGCCGUUUUAGUAAAUAUGUCAAAGCUAAAACCUCAGCAAGCUGGCACCAGGGAGAUGUUUACAUUCUUACCCAAACUUUUCUUAAAUGGACUUGAACCUGAUGGAGAAACACAAGAAAGCCGCAGAAUUUAUGUGGCCAUGAGAGCAAUGGAUAAGAACUCCUUAAAGUCUGCUGUAUCUAAUGUUGCCCAGGUUUCUCUGUUUAUUUCUCCAAACUCUGCUCCUGUACUAGGAAGAGAUUCUCUUAUAAUGAAAGGAGUUUUAAUAGCAAUAAGUUUAAUAGGAAUCAUUUGCCUCAUUAUAGUUAUAGCACAUUAUACUUUGAAUAGGAAAAAGAGAGCAGACAAGAAAGAGAAUGGAACAAAAUUACUAUGAACAAAUACACAGAGUACCUUCCUUUUUUGAUAAAAGGCCCAUGGCACUUGCAUUUUGCAAAUAUAUAACCUCAAAAUAAAGUUAACAUAAAACUGUAUUAAAAUGCAUUCAGUUUUUGUAUAAUAGAGAUAUUGUUUUUACAUAGUUAUUACACAUAUUUUUGUAAUAGUCAUUUUGAGGGGUGAAUUAGAAAACCCUUAGGCUUUAGUUACGGGAAAAUAACAUUAGUUAUUUUUCAAGGUAGUGUCUUUAAAGGCAAAGGCAAGGGCAAAGCUGAAUGAGAGUUAAGAAAAGAUGGUUUUAUUGAAGUGAAAAAAAAAUUUCAAGUAGAGAAACAGGAGUUAGGCCUGGAUUAUGCAGUGUAACUGUCUAUAUAAGGUGCUUGUUUAUUUACUUUGAUUAAUCUUUCAUUUUUUCUUAUCUGCGCAGAGCAGGUUGCUUGUUCAUGACUGACAAUCAAUCUACAUUUUAUAUAUAUGAAGCCACUAUUGUCAAGUUCUGUAUCUCUUGCCAUAUGGUUAAAAACAAUACAGAUCAAAUCCUACCACUAAUGCUCAAAGAAAUCUCUUUUUCACUGUAACUUUAAAAGGUGGUUUUUAUCCUUAUCUCUUCCUACUGGUUUUCUAACAAAGGUCUAUUGAAUUUAUUGUUUAUAAGUUUCUAUUCCCAUCAAAGCAGAUUUCCAAGUUAUUGCCUUGGGAACAAUUGAAUAAAAAUGGCUUUCCCUCUCAUAAGAUUUAAGUGAGGAAUGAAAGACAUUAUUUUAAUACAUAUAUAGACCAUAUAUAUACUUUUAUUCUAUUUCAACCUAAGAAGAGGUCAGGGGGAAGAGAUUGACCUUUGGAAAUGACUAUCAUAUUCUAUCCUGUGGCUAAAUAAAAGUCUAGAAUCCUUUUUCCAUCUAGGGCAGGGAAAAAGUGCAGCACAGACCACAAUGAAAUAAAAAUUACUUUUCAUCUGA